CGUCGCGAGCAGCGGCAGAUGCGUAUUCGUAAAUAACGACGCGUUCGGAUAGGUUGUGGAAGCAGCUCUCCUCGAUAAACGGACGCGCGACAAUGGUAGACCUAAAGACAAACGUUAGUUUCGCGUGCCAACGAUGCCUCCAACCCCUGAAAUUAGACUCGAGUUUCGAUCAUCUCGGGGAGCACACGCUGGCCGAACUCUCACUCCCUAUACAACAACAAAUUGUUGGAGAACUGGAACCUCAGAGCGAUAGUAUAGAGCAUCUGGUGCCGCCAUUCAGAUUAACCGAAUCGGGGAAUGGUACAAAUGGGUUUAUGUUGGUUGGUGAUUCUGGUGAAACGGAAAGCUUGAGUCAUCACUUGAAGGUGCGGGCAACGUUAUUCGAUAUUCUUAGCAGUAGCAGUUCAGCUGACCAUCCACUUUGCGACGAGUGCACCGACAGUCUUUUAUUAUUAAUGGACCAGCAAUUACGAAUGACGGAGGGAGAGUGGUCGGAUUACAAUGAGUACCUGAAGAAGCUAGAAAUUGAGCAACAGUAUCAAGGACACGAGGACGUGGAGAUGGAAAAUCUCACGAAGGAGUUGCAAGACGUAAAGGCGGAGGAAGAGAGAAUGAUCAGGGAACUGGAGGCACUGAGGAAAGAGGAGAUAGCCACGAAGAAUGCAAUAGCGGAGCAGGAGAGGGAAAAGGAGAGGCUACAGAGUGACGAGGACAGGUAUUGGAAGGAAUAUUCGAAGCACAGGAGGGAUCUCAUGCUAGCCGAGGACGAGUGUCGCAGUCUGGAUAAUCAGCUGGCGUACGCAGCCUCGCAGCUCGAGAGGCUGAAGAAAACGAACGUGUUCAACGCGACCUUUCACAUUUGGCAUUCCGGCCACUUUGGAACCAUCAAUUCGUUUCGAUUGGGGCGGCUGCCGAGCGCGCCGGUGGACUGGAGCGAAAUAAACGCCGCGUGGGGGCAGACCACCCUCCUGCUGGUGGCCCUCGCGCGCAAGAUGAACCUAACGUUCAAGCGCUUUCGCUUAGUGCCGUUCGGCAAUCACAGUUACAUCGAGGCGUUGGAUCAAAAUAAGGAGCUCCCGCUCUACGGAAGCGGCGGGUUCAAGUUUCUCUGGGACACGAAAUUUGACGCAGCUAUGGUGGCGUUCUUGGAUUGCCUGCAGCAGUUUAAGGAGCAGGUGGAGAGAGGAGACAGCGGAUUUUGUCUGCCGUACAGAAUGGACCGAGGCAAAAUCGAGGACUCCGCCACGGGCAAUUCUUACUCUAUAAAAAUACAGUUCAAUUCGGAAGAACAGUGGACCAAGGCCUUAAAGUUCCUACUUACGAAUUUAAAAUGGGGUCUUGCAUGGGUUAGCUCUCAAUUCACAAAAGACGAAUUGAAUAUUAAUUGAACGUACUAGUACUUGUGAUUUUACCGUAACUUUAGUUAUGUAACUAUCUCGUGAUUGCUUGUGUAUAAAUGCUCCAUUUGUAAAUAAAAUGCGGUUGGAUGA